CCAACUUUCUAUCGCCAUUUCCAGAUAUGGAAACCCCCACUUCCCUCUCCUUCUUUUCCCCUUCUCUUUCCCUUCAUCAGCCUAUCCAAGUCCACACCCCCUUAGCUCUUUCAUUCUGUUUGGCAAUCCUUCUGAAAUAACCACGGGUAUCAGUUGUGUUUUCAUACAAAUGGGUCGUGGGAAGAUUGAGAUUAAGAGGAUUGAAAACCCUACCAACAGACAGGUUACUUACUCUAAACGAAGAAAUGGGAUUUUUAAGAAAGCACAAGAAAUCACAGUUCUCUGUGAUGCUAAGGUUUCUCUCAUCAUGUUCUCUAAUACUGGAAAAUUUCAUGAGUUCGUAAGCCCCACCACAACGACCAAGGAUAUCAUUGAUCAAUACCAGAGGACUCUUGGAAUUGACCUGUGGAGCACGCACUACGAGAGAAUGCAAGAGAACUACAAGAAACUGAAAGAAGUGAAUGAUAAGCUACGGCGAGAGAUCAGGCAAAGAAUUGGUGAAGAUUUGGACGAUCUAAGCAUGGAUGAACUGCGCAGUCUUGAGCAAAAGAUGACCGUUGCUGCUGAUGCUGUCCGUGAAAGAAAGUACCACGUUAUCAAAACUCAGACGGACACCUGCAAGAAGAAGCUAAAAAGCUUGGAGGAAAUACACGGAAACAUCCUGCUCGACUUUGAAGCAAAGUAUGAGGAUCCAAAUUUAAAUUUUGGAUUGAUUGACACUGGAGAUUAUCAGUCAGCAAUGGCACUAGCAAAUGGAGCAUCUAACCUGUACGCUUUUCGCCUGCACAACAACGCCAGCUUCCCUCAAGACGGAGAAGGAGGAAGCUUUGGCCCCAACAAUCUCAGCCUUGGUUGAUUUAUGAUUAGCCGUUCAGGCGACAAUAAUAAUCUCCAUGUGUGUUUGAAGCAGACUGGCUUCUGAAAUAAUCAAGAACUGGAUUUCCAAUCUCACUUCUAUUUAUAUAUAGGCAGGCUAAUAAGCAUGAAACAACUCCGAGGCUGGCUUGCUUGCUUGCUCUCACUGCCUCAUUCCUUCUAUCAUGCAUGUUUACCAUUUAUGAAUCACUGCUAGUAUUUUGAUUGUGUGUUCA